AUGAGAUAUAAGGUGGAUGCACUGGGACUGCAAACUGUAGUUGUUGCCCAAACAGAAUACGAAGGAUGGCACCUUACAUAGGAGUAGAACCGACUCCAGCCAUCAGUGGUGACCUUCCAGAAACACCAAAGAAGACAAGUUACCUACUAGAGCCCAACUGGAUCAACAUCGUUUUCUUUGUCGUCAUCCAUUGUCUGGGAGUUUAUGGCCUGUUUUUGGCUGUAACUUCUGCGAAAUGGCAAACGCUGUUGUGGAUUUGGCUACUACACCAGCUGACAACAUUAGGGGUGACAGCUGGGGUUCAUCGCCUCUGGUCCCACAGAUCCUACAAGGCCAGGUGGCCACUGCAAAUAUUCCUCAUGCUCUGCUUCACGCUUGGCCACCAGAAGAGUAUCUACAAGUGGGUGCGAGACCACAGAUUGCACCACAAGUACACCGACACAGACGGCGACCCCCAUAAUAUCAGACGAGGGUUCUUCUUCGCUCACAUUGGUUGGGUCCUCAGCAAGAAGUUACCAUACACCAUCAAGAAGGGAAAGAUGGAGGAUCUCUCUGACCUCAAAGCGAAUCCUAUUGUCAUGUUCCAACACAAACAUUACUAUAAGAUAUUACUGUUGGUGGGGUGGAUAAUGCCUUCUGCCGUACCCAUGUAUGCAUGGAACGAAUCAUUCGUCAAUUCGUUUUACGUCGCGACUGUGUUCCGGUAUAUUUUUGGUCUUCAUGUGGCUUUUCUCAUCAACAGCUUGGCCCACACCUGGGGUAACAGGCCUUACGACAGGUCGAUUUGCGCCGUUAAUAAUUAUUAUAUGGUCUGGCUCACCCUGGGAGAAGGAUGGCAUAACUACCACCACGUCUUCCCUUGGGACUAUAGGUCAGUGGAGUUAGCAUUCACCCAGAUAAACAUCACUACCCUCUUCAUCGACCUCAUGGCCAAGAUCGGCCAGGCCUCGGAUCGGAAGGUAGCACCUCAGCAUCUUGUGGAGAAGAGAAUGGCCAGGACCGGGGAUCCCAAUCCGAAAUAUUCCAGAGAAUUGCCCAAGAUUAAGUUCCGACUAUUAGAAGAAGUUGAAGAAAUUGGCAAUGUCUUAUUCAAGCCGGAUUAGAUUUACGGAGUAAUAUUAUAACAGUGUAACAUAUUAUUUUUCUAUAAUGAGAUGUAAUCACGUAUAAAAUAUGUAUUAAAUCUUUUAUAAGAUUUUUUUAUGUAUCCUUUUUCGAUGUUUUUUUAAUAUACAUAUAUUUACUAUUUUUAUUUAACAUAAAUGGGCAAUACUAAUCAUUACUUGUGCCAGUAUGGUUCUC